AUGGAAGCUAUCAGCUUCUCUGCUCCCUCAUCCAAGGGUAAGGGAGUUAUGGUGGGCUUCUUUCUGCUGGUCGAGGUCUUCCUCCGUGGCGUCACUGGUGCCCCCUCUCAGCCCGACAGCAAAAAGUCCUCUCCUGUCCAGAACCGUGACAGCGAUGCCAAGACUGCUGCUUCCACGCCUCUCAACUACACCUGGGACCCCCGUAAUACUCCUCUUUGGACUGUCCGCCCUGAAGAUCGCCAAAAAGCUUCCAAGAGUGACGACGAGCCCGACCCCUGUGCGAACAAAGACAGACCUGCGACGCUCUACAAAACUUACGAAAACAAUGAGUGCCCUCCCAAGCGCAAAUUCCUACCACUCGAGAGGGGGAUGGGGUUUGCUGACACCUGCGAGGAGUGGAACACAGAGCGUUACCUCCAAUAUGCCUGUACCACGUUUUGUCAGACUUCCACUAGGUUUGAGUGGGCGCAGGAGGUGCCCUUCCCUCAUUCUGCGUGCUAUUUCCCAAUCUUUUGCGGCCUAUCUGAGGACGACUCAGUUAAAUUAGGUUGGAACAUGGGCGGGAACUUCAAGAUCCAGUUCAUAAAGGCACUGAAGAUUGGUAUGACUGGCGGUUAUUCUCAUGACUGGUCCGAAUCCGAAAGCAGGAAGUUCGACGUUGACUUAGCCGAGAGUCAGUGUGGCUACUUCACCUUUAUUCCUGUCAAGAGAAUUAUCUGGUAUGUUUGUUGCUUGCAAGCUUUCAUUUUACAAACACCAGACCAUGUUGACUUAUUUUCGUUUCGGUGUGGCAUAACCGAGCCGGACUGCCCCCCAAGAUGGUAUGAUUUUGGUUCGUGCAAGGCGGGCCCCAAAAAUACCCACCUCUGCAUUUCCAACGGUACCAUCAUCUUUGUCUACACCGACUGCUUCAGCCGGCGGCCGCUGCCCAUGAACAAGCAGGACCCCGUCUACCACGCCCCUGGUGUUGCCUUACACCACGACGUCCUCGACGGAAUUAGACAGAGCUGGGUUGGGAACACAUGUUACAUGUGGAACAUGGGAACCGAGGGUAAGCUGUCGCUCUACAUCCAUGGCUCGGGUUCCAAGGACUCAAUGAUUGAUCCGGAGGGCAAAAAGCUCAUCGAGAGAGUCAACCAUUGCGCCAGAUCCGUCGAUGGGGUCAUAUCGCGCGCUGAGUUCAAUUGGUACUACAGCGGCUAUGCGGGUGAGGAUCCCAAGAUGACGGGCGCCAUGUGGGUGUCCGUGGCGGACGUUCCGAGCAACAUCAGACGCGGCUGCCCCGACGAUGCCAUGAUGGAGCUCGGUGAAAGUACCAAGGACAAGUGCAUCGGAGAAAAAUUCGAGGGCUGUGUGUUCAGCCCAGGACUGAGACUUUGCUGGAGAGUGUCGUAG